GAAAGAAAAUAUGCCAAAUCGAUUUUUCACCCUUUUUAAAUAAAGACAAUAGCGAGAGAAAGGCAAUAAUGUAACUUUGAGCUGAUGCAUUUAAAUGAAUUAUGUUCCGCACCGAAAAGGCCCUCAGAUUUUUAUUACCCAAAGAGAAGCCAGCCCAUAAUGAACGGGUUUCAGAGCCCAAUCCAAACCUUCAAGUCUCUGAAGAAGACAAGAAUCAAGGAAACCAACCUCGUGCAACAAAUGUGAUCACUAUUAUAGUUAUCGAAAAAAAAAAAAAAAAAAAUUAUUAUUAUUAAGAAAAUACUUAUAUAUUAGCACCAAAUUCAUAGAUUGAUUAUACAUAUUUAUUAAUUUUAAAUAAUAAAAUGUACAGUACUGUUCUAUAAAGAAGAAAGCUAAACCUAAAUUGCAAGAAGAAUAAAAAUGCUACAGCAUACACCACAUGGGGCUGGUCCAACCAGCAAUACUUGAAACUUGAAGUCUUUGCGAGAAAAUAAACCACCAAUGGGCUAUGGCAUCGGCUCCUAUUGUUUAUCAAAUAGUUGACUGUGUAUUUACCCGAAAGCAUAUGGAUGACAGCUUCCAUGAUUUGACUUUCCUUGUAUGAUACAGCAGUCAGAAUUUAAUUCUCGUAGCAUCAAAGCGCUCAAAAGUGCUUCUACUUUUCCGUAUGUAGAUAUUUUCUUCAGUGAUUGGCUGAGCAUCGCCAGUCUAUGACAUUGUAGUCCAGUGAAUUCCUUAAAAAAAAAAAAAAAAAAUUUUCCAAAUGCCAAUAUAAAAAUGGCAUUAACUAACUGACAAGAAUGGGCUAAGAAAACCAAGUUCUAGUUUUUCGACUCCUGUUAUUUGAUCCAAUUCUCUUAAUUGUUCCUGAAUAUGAACAUGAACAUGGCUUCUAAAGUUGGCAAAACCUUCCCUUCCUCUUCUUCGAAUCACUACCAUGUUUUCUUCAGCGUUAGGAUAGAAGAUACCUGCAGGUCUUUUGUUCGUAAUCUCUAUAAACACCUGGAACACAAAGGACUUCUAUGCUUCAAACAUGAUGGAAAACCUGAGAGUGGGAAACCAAUUCCAUUGGACCUCUUGAAGGCCAUUGAAGGGUCAAAAAUUGCAGUGGUUGUCAUAUCACAAAACUAUGCUUCUUCAAGUUGGUGUUUAGAUGAGCUUGUAAAGAUCAUUGAAUGCAAAGAAAUAAAGGGUCAAUCUGUUUUUCCCAUUUUUCAUGAUGUGGAUCCCUUGCAAGUCAAAGAUCAAACAGGUAGCUUUGCACAAGUUUUGGCCGAGUAUGAAAAAGAUGAUUCCAUGGUAGAGAAGGCGCAGAGAUGGAGAGUAGCUCUAACCAAAGUGGCCUUGAUUGAUGGCUGGAAUUCUCGGGACUGGCCUGAUGAUCACAAGUUAACUGAGGAAGUUUCUGGUGCCAUUUUAAAGGCAUGGAGUCAGAUGUCCUUCAGUGAUAUAAAUGGCUUAGUAGGAAUUGAUUCACGCGUUGAGCAAAUUCAAACAUUGUUAGACAUGGAGUUCACAACAAAUGUUCUCUUUGUAGGAAUCUGGGGAAUGGGUGGUAUUGGUAAGACAACCACCGCCAAAGCUUUGUUUACUCAGAUCUCUAACGAAUUUGAAGCUGCUUAUUUUGUCGCAAAUGUUAGGGAAGAAUCAGAGAAACGGACAGUGGUUCGUUUACGAGAUGAAAUUCUUUCAAACAUUUUAGAGGAGGAAAAUUUACACUUGGGAAUGAGAAGCAUAUUACCUAGGUUCAUUUUGAAUAGACUGCGACGGAAAAGGAUCCUUAUUGUUCUUGAUGAUGUUAGUAAUGUAGAACAAUUGACAACUUUAGCUGGAGACCAUAGUUGGUUUGGUUCAGGAAGUAGGGUAAUUAUAACAAGCAGAGAUAAGCAAGUGCUUGUUAAUGCAGCUGACAGAAUAUAUGAGGUAAAGGGAUUGAAUUACUGUGAAGCUCUUCAGCUACUCAGCUUCAAAGUGUUCAAACAAAAUCAUCCUGUAGAAGGUUAUAUAGAGUUGUCGAAAAGGGUUGUAAACUAUACUAAAGGUGUCCCUUUAGCUCUUAAUGUUUUGGCUUCUUUCCUAUACAGCAAGCAAAGGGAGGAAUGGACAAGUACCUUAGAGAAACUAGAAGAAUCUUCGAAUCUGGAAAUUCAGAAGGUGUUGAAAAUAAGUUAUGAUGAAUUGGAAUGGGUAGAUAAGGAUAUUUUCCUUGAUAUUGCUUGUUUCUUUAAAGGUGCUGACGUAGAUUAUGUUACAACUAUUCUUGAUGGUUGUGAUUUUUUCCCAAGCAUUGGAAUAAGUCGUCUAGUUGAUAAGAGUCUGAUAGCUAUUAUAGAUAAUAAGUUAGAUAUGCAUGAUUUGCUACAAGAAAUGGGUCAGCAUAUUGUCCAGAAAGAAUCAAGUGAAAAUCCUGGAAAAAAUAGCAGAUUGUGGACUCCUGAAAGUAUCCAUCAUGUAUUAACAGGGAACAGGGGGACUUUUGCAACUGAAGGCAUCUUUCUGGACAUCUCCAAAAUUGAGAAAGUAGACUUAAGUUCUGUAGCCUUUUCAAAAAUGUGGAAUCUGAGAUUGCUCAAAUUCUAUCACAACAGCUUCUUGUCAUGGAAAAAUCCUACUGGCUUUGUAUCAGAAUCUACACUGGACUCACGUGAUGGUCUUCAAUCUCUUCCUAACAAGCUAUGUUUUCUCCAUUGGCAUGGAUAUCCAUGGGAAUCGUUGCCGUCUAAUUUUUCAAUGGAGAACCUGGUUGAACUUAACAUGCCUUUUAGCCAAGUUAAAGAACUCUGGACUGGAGUUAAGCAUCUUCAAAAGUUAAAGCUGCUUGAUCUUCAUGAUUCUGAGCUCCUGGUAACACUUCCAGAUCUUUCUUCAGCUUCGAACUUAGAAAAGAUAAUUCUUAAUAACUGCACAAGUUUACUUGAGAUUCCAUCUUCCAUUCAGUGCCUCCGCAAGCUUGUCUGUCUUAGCUUGUCUAAUUGCAAAGAGCUGCAGAGUCUUCCAAGCCUCAUUCCUUUGAAGUAUCUUAAGACUCUUAAUCUUUCUAGCUGCUCAAACCUUAAGAAGUUUCCAGAAAUUUCAGGGGAGAUAGAAGAACUGCAUUUGGAUGGAACUGGACUGGAAGAGUGGCCAUCUUCUGUUCAGUAUCUAGACAAGCUAAGACUCUUGUCUCUGGACCACUGUGAAGACCUUAAAAGUCUGCCAGGCAGCAUUCAUUUGAAUUCUCUUGAUAAUCUUGACCUCUCAUGGUGCUCCAGUCUCAAGAAUUUUCCAGACGUUGUGGGGAAUAUUAAAUACUUGAAUGUAGGACACACUGCAAUAGAAGAACUGCCAUCAUCAAUAGGGUCUCUUGUGUCGCUUACCAAAUUGAAUCUGAAAGAUACAGAAAUAAAAGAACUGCCUUCAUCAAUUGGGAAUUUAUCUUCACUAGUUGAAUUGAAUCUCAAAGAAAGUUCGAUAAAAGAACUGCCAUCAUCAAUCGGGUGUCUUUCUUCAUUGGUGAAACUGAACAUUGCAGUGGUUGACAUAGAAGAGUUGCCCUCAUCACUUGGACAACUCUCUUCACUUGUUGAGUUCAAUCUGGAGAAAAGUACAUUAACAGCAUUGCCCUCAUCAAUCGGAUGCCUCACUUCGCUUGUUAAGUUGAACCUGGCGGUGACGGAGAUAAAAGAAUUACCCCCAUCUAUUGGAUGUCUCUCUUCACUCGUUGAGUUGAAUUUGAGCCAAUGCCCGAUGCUUGGAAGUCUCCCAUUCAGCAUUGGUGAGCUCAAAUGCCUAGAAAAGCUUUAUCUCUGCGGCCUUAGAAGACUUAGAAGUAUCCCUAGCAGUAUUCGUGAGCUGAAGCGCCUGCAAGAUGUUUAUCUUAAUCACUGCACAAAACUUAGCAAAUUGCCUUCUUUAUCUGGUUGCAGUUCCUUGAGGGACCUUGUUCUAAGCUACAGCGGAAUUGUGAAAGUCCCUGGCAGCCUAGGCUACUUAUCAUCAUUGCAGGUUCUACUUCUAAAGGGAAACAAUUUUAUGAGAAUACCUGCAACUAUUAGACAACUUUCAUGGCUAGAAGUCCUUGAUAUAUCCUACUGCAAAAGACUUAAGGCUUUGCCAGAGCUUCCUCAACGAAUAAGAGUUCUUGUUGCACAUAAUUGUACAUCCCUGAAGACAGUAUCAAGUCCAUUGAUUCAAUUUCAAGAAUCACAAGAACAAUCUCCGGAUGAUAAAUAUGGAUUCACAUUUGCUAAUUGCGUGAGCUUGGAGAAGAAUGCGCGUAGCAAUAUUGUUGAAAGUGCAUUGCUCAAAACUCAACAUUUAGCGACUGCAGUACUGGAACUUCUCACUAGUUAUGAAGAGAUACUGGUCUCUCCUGUUGUUUGUUUUCCAGGAAGUGAAAUUCCAGAGUGCUUCAGGUAUCAAAACACAGGAGCUUCAGUAACCACCCUGUUGCCUUCCAAAUGGCAUAAUAACAAGUUAGUAGGAUUCACGUUUUGUGCUGUUAUUGAAUUGGAGAAUCGUCAUUACCAAGACGGUUUCACCUUUCAGUGCGAUUGUCGCAUUGAAAAUGAGUACGGUGACAGCCUAGAGUUCACCUCCAAGGAGAUAGGAGAAUGGGGGAACCAGUUCGAGUUUGAGACAGAUCAUGUUUUCCUUUGGAACACAAGUUGUAUUUAUAUCUUGACUGAGGAAAGAUACGAGCAGCUAAGGAAGAACUCGUGCACUGCCAUAUUUGAGUUUGCAUGUUACACUGAGGAUGAAUAUAAGGUAAUGUUGCCUGGUGCAAACAGUUUUAAGGUGAAAAAUUCUGGGUUCAAUCCAGUGUAUGCCAAAGAUGAGAAGGAAUGGGAUCUUUCCAUAGAUCAAACUAGCUCCUCUUACGAUCCAAUGCAGAUUUUCUUAAAGGAUGGAGCAAGUAAUCUGGAUUAUGGGAUUCAUAGUAACAAGAAAAUGAGAAGUGAAGACUACGGUUUUAAUUAUUAAAUACUGUAAUUCAAUAAUUAUUAUAAGGAACGGUGACGUUCUGCUUGAAGUUGAUACUAAAUCUUUGCCUCUCAGACGGUUUUGAGAGUUUGCAAAACUAGCAGCAGUAUAGUGGCGCUUUCAGUGGGUUACGGCGACGGCGGUUUUCUUGCGGCCGAAACACUGGACGGACUCAGUUGUUGCUGCUGCCGUAUAUGUCUGCUGGUGCAAGGAACUCAGUAUAUGUCUGCUGCCGCUGCCGCUGCCGCUACUGCUGGUGCCGCCAUUGUUAGGGUUUGAGAGAAGAAACGCUGUGAUUGAAAAGAAGAAAGAAGAAGAAACAGUAAAAUCAAGCAAUGGACGAGGAUCGUGCAGGCUGUGGGGUGACAAAGGCAAUGGGCCAAAUGAACUUGCUUUAGGAAGCACUAUUUUUGGAUUCAGUUAUUUUCAUCUAUUUUGGGAUCGUGGGCCAAAUGAACUUGAAUAGUUAAUGGACACAUGGGCCAAAUGAAUUUGAAUAGUUGAUGGACACAUGGUUCUAAUUAUUUAUGGGAGCUAUAUUAUGGAGGAUGGGCAGCGCCUAAUUCGUCGGUGGUAAAGGUUGGAUUUUUUCCUUUGUUUUGGCCUGCUUUGACAAUUAUUUUGCUUUAGGGAUAGUAGAGAGAUUAUGAGUCUUAAUGUUGAUAAAUGUUAUUGCGUUAAAUAAAAACCUUUUCAACCCAUGAAUUUGUAAAGCAGAUUUAUUGAUCUUAUUGAGUAAUUGAUCAUUGUUGAUUUCUGUUAGAUUCUUUUUUUUUUCCGUUAUGGCUAAAGUUAAAGAUGAUUUGCUUCAAGCAGUUAGUGUUCAAUUAGAUGAUAAAAAUUAUGCAUAUUGGAGUUAUGUGAGGAAAAAUUUUACAAAAAUGGGGAUAUGUUUCGGGUGCUUCUGUUAAGCCUCAAGAUGACACUGUGACUGACUAUGUGGCUUUAUUAGAUAAAUGGGAGGUAGAUAAUUCAAAAAUUAUUACUUGGAUCAAUAAUUCCGUUAAGUAUUCGAUAGGUAGCAAGUUAGUAAAAUAUGAGACAACUAAAGAGGUUUGAGAUCGUCUAGCUAGACUGUACACAUAAUCUAAUUUUGCAAAACAGUACCAGUUGGAAUCUGAAAUUCGUGCUCUUCAGUAGAAAAAUAUGAGUAUUCAGGAAUUUUAUGAUGCUAUGAUAGAUUUGUGGGAUCAAUUGGCUCUCACAGAAUCUGCUGAAUUACGAGCCUUUAGGGCUUAUAUUGCACGAAGAGAGGAGCAGAGACUGAUACAGUUUUUAAUAGCCCUUCGUGAUGAGUUUGAGGGACUUUGCAGGUCUAUUCUGCAUCGUCAUCCACUGUCUUCUGUUGACUCUAUUGUUAAUGAGCUUUUAGCUGAAGAAACUCGUCUUAAGUCGUCGGUUGUAAAAGAGGUUCUUUCAGCGUCUACUCCAUCUGUUUUUGCCAUGCCUCCUCGAUCAAAUUUUAAGUCUCAGUUCAGACCAUAUGGAUCUGUUGCUCGUGAUGAAUGCGGGUUCUGUAAGCAAUUAGGUCAUUGGAAAUCUUAGUGUCUGAAAUUGGACAGAGAAAAGCAGCAGCAGCAACAACAAUCUCAUCAGUGGUCCUAUCGACCACCGACUCUCCACAAUGGACCUCCUCUUCUACCUUGUCCUCACAAUGCACUGUCAACCUCCUCCUUGUAUCCAUCAAUGAUUGAGCAGCUUCAGCAAUUCCUUGCAUCUCAGCCUCAUGCCAUGUCAGCUUCCUCUCAAUUAGAUUUGUCAUCUAGUCCUUCAGGAUCUAAAUUCUCAGGAGGUGAUUGGGAUCAGCCAUAGAGAAGGAGGGCUUUAUGUAUUGGAUCGGCUCAAAAUUUCUCAUACUGCGGCAGCUGUUCCUGGUGUGAAUUUUUUAUCUUUCGUCUGUGUUUUAUUUGUGGCAUUCACGCCUUGGUUAUGUCUUUGUGUCUCGUUUGCAAUUUUUAGUUUCUACAGGAGCUUUAGAAAAUUUGAAAACUCAUGAUAUUUCUUAUUGCAGUGGUUGUAAACUAGCAAAGUGUACUGCAUUGCCUUUUCCUAAAAGCACUACUAUAUCUAUUGCUUCUUUUAAUCUUAUUUAUUCUGAUGUAUGGCGACCCUUUCUUGUUUCUACAAAAGGGGGAUUCUCACUAUUAUGUAUCUUUUAUUGAUGAUUGCACUUGUUAUUGUUGGGUUUAUCUUAUGAAACGUCGUUCAGACUUUUUUGGCAUUUAUAAUAAUUUCGAUCUCUUGUAAAAACCCAACAUUCAGCUAUUAUUAAAUGUUUUAGAUGUGACUUGGGAUGAGAGUAUACUUCUCAUGCUUUUAAGGACCUACUUACUUUAGAUGGUACAAUUUACCAAACUUCUUGCACUAAUACACCUGAACAAAAUGGAGUUGCUGAAAAAAAACAUAGACACAUUCUUGAGAUUGCACGAUCACUUUUGUUGUCUGCUAGCAUACCUAGUGAAUUCUGGGGUGAGGGAAUUCUUACUUUUGUUUAUUUAAUUAACAGAAUUCCUAUUUCUCAUAAUUCUAGCUUGUCUCCCUAUGAAAGAUUGUAUGGUCGUCCUUUAGAUUAUUCUUCUCUUUGUGUCUUUGGUUCUACAUGUUAUGUUCUUCUUCCUCAUGUUGAACGCAACAAGUUAACAUCUCGAUCUACUAUAUAUGUUUUUUUUGGUUAUGGUGCAGGUCAAAAAGGGUAUUGUUGUUUUGACAUAGUCAGUCAUAAGUUAUAUGUUUCUCGUCAUGUUGUUUUGCAAUAACAUAUUCCUUAUUUUGCAAUUUAUGACCGUCCUCACAGUAUAUCUAUGUUUGAUCUUAUCCACAUUGACCCUUUUGCUACUGAUAUUGAUGAGCUACCCUCUGCUGGCAUUCCUAAGACUUCUAUUGGCUCUUCUACUAUAAUCUUUCCCAAUCAUCUUCUGAGACUGCGGAUACUAUCGAACCUCGCCAUCCUGUAUGAAAUCAUAAGUCCACUAAACAACAUGAUUUUGAUUAUUCUUGUUAUUCCAGUUCAUUUAUCUCUUUUAUAGCUUUUAUUCAUCGUCUUUCUGAGCCUUUAUCUCUCAAAGAAGCAAUUCUUGAUCCACUUUGGCAGCGUGCUACGGCUGAGGAGCUAACUACUCUUCAUCAAACCCAUACUUGGGAUUUAGUGUCCCUUCCUGCAGGUAAACGUACUAUUGAUUCUCGUUGGGUCUAUAAGAUUAAAACUAAGUCUGAUAAGUCUAUUGAAAGGUAUAAAACUCGUCUAUUGGCUAAGGGUUAUUCUUAGGAAAAUGGUCUGGAUUAUGAGGAGACUUUUGCUCCCUUUGCUAAAAUGACUACAACUCGAACUCUUAUUGUUGUUGCUUCUGUUCGUCAUUGUGAUAUAGCUCAAAUGGAUGUUAAAAAUGUUUUUUUGAAUGGUGACCUUCACGAAGAAGUUUAUAUGAUUCCUCAUCCUGGUCUUGAUCAUCAUCUUGGUGAAGUUUGCAAACUUAGGAAGACUCUUUAUAGUAUCAAAUAGGCUCCUCGCGCCUGGUUUGAGAAGUUCUCUACCGUGAUUACUUCACUUGGUUUUCAUCCUAGCAACCAUGACUCUACACUGUUUGUCAAAUUUACUUCAGCUGGCCGAAAUUUGCUUUCUCUAUAUGUUGAUGGUAUGAUUAUUACAGGUGAUGAUGUUGUUGGGAUUAGUAUGUUGAACUCCGAACUAACUCGUUUUUUUGCUAUGAAGGACUUGGGUCCCCAUCGUUACUUCUUGGAUAUUGAAGUUGCUUCCUCUUCAAAAGGGUAUAUUCUUUCUCAAUCUAAGUAUAUUUCUGAUAUUUUUGAGUGUGCUCGCCUUUGUGAUAAUAAGACUGUUGAUACUCCGAUUGAGCUCAACGCUCGUUAUUCUGCUUCUGAUGGUUCUCCACUGCCAGAUCCGAGUCUAUAUCGGACUGUUGUUGGAAGUCUGGUUUAUCUUACUAUCACUCGUCCUGAUAUCGCAUAAACUGUUCAUAUAGUUAGUCAGUUUGUUACUUCUCCUACUACAAUUUAUUGGGCUGCUGUUCUUCGCAUUUUGAGAAACCUCUGCGGCGUUCAGUUUCAGACUCUCUUAUUUUCAUCUACUUCAUCUUUAGAGUUAUGUGCUUACUCUGAUGCUGAUUGGGACAGUGAUCCCAUUGAUCGCAAAUCAACUACUGGAUUUUGUAUUUUUCUAGGCGAUUCUCUUAUCUUUUGGAAAAGUAAGAAGCAAGUCUUCAUUUCUCGAUCCUCAAUGGAGGCUGAACAUCGCGCUAUGGCUUCCACUACUUGUGAAAUAGUUUGGUUGCGAUGGUUUAUUGCUGAUAUGGGUAUUUUUCUGCGGCAACCAACUCCUUUACAUUGUGAUAAUAAGAGUGUUAUUCAGAUUGCACAUAAUUGGGUCUUUCAUGAACGGACCAAGCAUAUCGAAAUCGACUGUUAUAUUACUCGUCAUCACCUUCAGAAUGGCACCUUGACAUUGCCUUUUGUUUCUUCUUCCUUACAGUUUGCAGACUUGUUUACAAAAUGUUUAACCUCUUCAUGUUUUCGUUUUCUGUCUGACAAACUCUCGAUGCUUGUUGCUAUCGCAUCGUGAGUUUGCUAGCCAUUGAAAAUUUGAUAAGUAAUCAAGUUAUUGUUCUUACCGACAAAAUAGUAUUCAACAGUGCUUGAGUUCUUUUUUAAGUCGAUAACCUGACAAUCUUUUACAGCUUUGUUGUUACUAAAUAACACUUGAACAUAAUUGCUUGAAAAAUUCAUAUAAAAGAAUUAGACAAACAUGUUACCAUCAAAAUGUCAAUCUAAAAGUCUUAUCUAACAUGUAGAAAGAAUAAUAAAAACACCGAAGUAUCAGAUUCACAUGCUCAAUCAAGAAUACACUUUCUUUGCCCUUUU